AUGAAGGUCAUUCACCCAGAUUCUGACGAUCAGGUUAGCGGGUUCCGUUUCCCUAUCCCACCUUUCCGAGAGACUAACCCUAAGGCCUGGUUUAACCAGCUAGAAGCUAUUUUGUUAUUACAUGGUGUUAAGUCUGACAGUGUAAAAUUUCACUGCGUUGUUGCAGCACUUCCUCCGCAAGUCGUCGAUCAACUCGACGACAUCUUGGAGCUUCCCGAAUGUCAGAAAAGUUACGAGGAGCUUAAGGCCGUCGUCUUAAAGCGAUUCGGCAUAUCAGACCAUGCUCGCGUUGCGCAACUUCUUAACGAAACCGAGCUAAGUGAUCAAAAACCUUCUCAUUUGCUGCACAAGAUGCAGGCUCUAUCUAAGCCUCUCUCUGUUGGUGACUCAUUCCUUAAAGAGAUGUGGCUUCGUCGCCUUCCACGUGACAUUCGUAACCCUCUGUAUGCAAACGAUGCGCCUGUUUCUCAGCUCGCUGACAUUGCCGAUCGUAUUUGGGAAUCCAACGCCCAAAUAUCUCAGAUUCAGUCUACCUCCAGUACAGAGGUAGCAGAACUAAGAGUGCAAGUAGCCGCACUUGCCAACCGACUAGAGAAGCUAACACAGUCCGGAUCCAACCGUCGAAAUCGUUCCAGUAGUCGCAGUCCGCCUAGAUCACGUUCGAAAUCUCCCCCUAAGUCAAGCUAUUGCUGGUACCACGAGCGAUUUGGUCAUCAGGCCAGAUCGUGUCGCCCGCCUUGUUCCUUCAAGCGCAACACACAGGGAAACGGGUAG